GGGGUAGUGUUUUGGGGGGUCUCAAAAUGGAAAAAUAGAAAAAUAGACCUAGGUGAAGAUAUAGAUAAAUAGAUGGUAGGGAACUGAAAUAGAAAGAAGAAAAAGAGAAACAUGAAAAAGGUCUCUGAAUCUAAUCCACUUCUCCUCAUCCUCCUUAUAGCUCUCUAACCAACUUCCAUACUCAUAAACCAUUAUAUCAUCCACUCUUCACCAUAACCAAUACUCAAAAUCCCAAAUUUCUCACAAGCUUCAAAAUCAAAACCCACUUGAUAUCACACAAAACUGAAGUAAAAAUGGUUAAUGGGUGGAGAAAAGCAUUUUGCACAUCCAUUCCUAGAGACAGAGAACCAAAAAUUACAACCGAGAAAAAACAGCAACAUUGUGAUAACUCUUCAACCAAUCCAAGUCCUAGAAUCAGCUCAAGGUUUGGUUUUUUUUCAAAUCCAUCAACACCGAGGUGUCAAUCUCAACCUUCAUCAACAGGUUCAUCCACUCUUCGUUGCAGAACCUCAGUAGCAACUUCUUGUUCUGUUCCCAAUAGCCCAAAACUCCAAUGCAGUACUAACCCCAAAACUCCUAAAUCAUUCACCCUCUCCAAUCCCUCUUCACCAAAAUCACCUUCAAGCUUCUCAUUUCUCAAAGCUACUUUGCGCUUAUCCAAAAAUCGAUGUGGAAUAUGUAUGCAGAGUGUGAAAAGUGGUCAAGGAACUGCAAUUUACACAGCUGAAUGCUCUCAUGCUUUUCAUUUUCCUUGCAUAUCUUCGCACGUGACGAAGCAACCAUUGCACGUGUGUCCUGUAUGUGGUACAAACUGGAAGGAACUACCGGUGCUUGCAAUUCACAACGAGAAGAAAAUUUCAGACGGAAACACAGACGCGAGGAAUUUCAAAGUCUACAAUGAUGAUGAACCUCUUAUGUCUCCAACUUCACUCUCUAGCUUCAAUCCGAUUCCUGAAUCAGAAAACGAAACUGAAGAUGAGGAUGAUGAAAAGAUAGAGUUUCAAGGCUUUAAUGUUAAUCCUGUUACUACUGUUUCGUCUUCGCCGGUGUUAAAGAGGAAUCUCGAGGUUUGUUUGAUGCCGGAAACUGCUGUUGUUGCUGCUAAUAGGAAUUAUGAGACUUAUGCUGUGGUUUUGAAGAUGAGACCUUCGAAUAUGAUGCCGGUUUCUUAUAAGGCUGCGCGUCGUGCUCCGGUUGAUAUCGUUACCGUUCUCGACGUUGGUGGAGCUAUGUCAGGAGAGAAGCUUCGUUUGCUUAAGAACGCCAUGAGAUUUGUGAUCUCAUCCCUGAGUCCUACCGAUCGUCUCUCAAUUGUCGCAUUCUCCGGCGGAUCCAAGAGACUGUUACCGCUCAAGAGAAUGACCGGCGGUGGUCAAAGAUCCGCGCGUCGUAUCGUGGAAGCACUCGCCGCGAUUGAUCAAACCAGAGAAGGCGUUCCGGCGAAGAAUGAUGCAUUGAAGAAAGCAGCAAAAGUCCUCGAGGAUCGCCGCGAGAAAAACUCCGUCGCCUGCAUAAUUGUUCUCUCCGACAUCAUCGACUCACGCGCCUUCAACGCUUCGUUUCAAAAUCCCACUCUAGUUUCCUCCACGCGCCUUUCAAAUCUUGACAUUCCAAUCCACCUUGUGCGCUUUCCAAAAGAAGGCGAGUGUACUAACGCGCUCCCCGAUGAAACGCUUGCGAAAUGUGUAACACGUUUGUUAAGCGUGGUGGCUCAGGACGUUAGAAUUCAGUUAAAGAUUGUUUCACGCUCUCGUCCCGUUGAGAUUGCUGCAGUUUACUCACUCGCGGGUCGACCCACUCCACUCGGAUCGGGUAUACUCAAAAUCGGUGAUUUGUACGCUGAAGAAGAAAGAGAAUUAUUAUUGGAACUGAAAGUGCCAGCUGUAUCAGCUGGGUCCCACCAUGUUUUAACCGUACUAUCCUCUUACCGUGACCCCCUCACUCGUGAGAUUCUGAAUCCCGUUGAGCAUGCAAUGUUAAUACCUCGUCCCCACACCGUACGAUCCUCGUGUGAAAAGAUCGAAAGGCUGAGAAACAUCCACGUCACUGUACGAGCCGUAGCCGAGUCAUGUCGUCUCGCUGAUCACAGUGAUCUCUCCGGAGCUCACCACUUGCUUUCUUCGGCUCGAGCUCUUCUCUUGCAGUCAAGUAAGCCUGUUGAGGAGUAUAUGCGUUGGAUUGAAGCCGAGCAAGCCGAUCUUCAGAAGCGCAGACAGCAGAGCCAAAGUCAAACACAGAGAAACACUCGCUCUGAAGACAAAUUGGAGCCGCUUACGCCGACUUCGGCUUGGAGAGCCGCUGAAAGAUUAGCUAAAGUUGCUAUCAUGAGAAAGUCUAUGAAUAGAGUCAGUGAUUUACAUGGCUUUGAGAAUGCAAGAUUUUAGAUUUAAAAAAUAAACACUAAUUGUAAUAUUAUUUUUAAUUUUUAUAUUAUUGUGCAUAGGGUAAAAUUAUUAUUAUUAAUAGAAAAUUAUAUUUUAUUGUAAAUGAACCGACUCAAUCUUCUGCUAUAAUAGCAACAAAAGGUAGCAGACGUUAUUACCCUUUUCUGUGACUAUGGCAGAAUGAACCCACAUGAAGUUGAUUGAGCUAUGAGGCUUUGUUUU